GCGAGGAAGGGCAGCGCCGGGCAGAGCGGGCGGGAUGCGGGCGGAGGAGCCGCUGGCGCUGGCGGCCCCGCGGGCGAGCGGUGAGGCGGAGGCGGAGGCGCCGGGCGAGGAGCGGAGCGGCGGCAGCUGCUGCAGCAGCGAGCGCCUGGUGAUCAACAUCUCGGGGCUGCGCUUCGAGACGCAGCUGCGGACCCUCUCCAUCUUCCCCGACACGCUGCUGGGGGACCCCAGCCGCCGGGUGCGCUACUUCGACCCGCUCCGCAACGAGUACUUCUUCGACCGCAACCGGCCCAGCUUCGACGCCAUCCUCUACUAUUACCAGUCCGGGGGCCGGCUCCGCCGGCCGGUCCAUGUGCCCCUCGACAUCUUCCUGGAGGAGAUCCGCUUCUACCAGCUGGGCCAGGAGGCUAUCGAGACGUUCCGGGAGGACGAGGGCUUCAUCCCCGAGGAGGAGAAGCCCCUGCCCCAGCAUCACUUCCAGCGCCAGGUCUGGCUGCUCUUUGAGUACCCCGAGAGCUCCGGGCCGGCCCGGGCCAUCGCCAUCGUCUCCGUGCUGGUCAUCCUCAUCUCCAUCGUCAUCUUCUGCCUGGAGACCCUGCCUGAGUUCCGCCAGGAGCCCAAGGGCCCCCAGCCUGGCUUCGGGGACGCUGCGCCGCUCGGGGACGAGGUGCUGCUGCUGCCGCCGCUGCCACCGCCGAGCGGGACCCCCCCGCCCCUGCGUCCCGCCGCCGGCUCCGGCCCGUUCUUCACAGACCCCUUCUUCCUCAUCGAGACCCUGUGCAUCAUCUGGUUCUCUUUCGAGCUCCUCGUGCGCUUCUUCGCCUGCCCCAGCAAGCCCGAGUUCUCCCGCAACAUCAUGAACAUCAUCGACAUCGUGGCCAUCAUCCCCUACUUCAUCACCCUGGGCACCGAGCUGGCCCAGCAGCAGCAGCAGAAGCAGCAACCUGGGAGCAGCAGCAACAACGGAGGCCAGCAGCAAGCCAUGUCCCUGGCCAUCCUCAGAGUCAUCCGCCUGGUCAGAGUCUUCAGGAUCUUCAAGCUCUCCAGGCACUCCAAGGGGCUGCAGAUCUUAGGGAAGACUCUCCAGGCCAGCAUGAGGGAGCUGGGCCUCCUCAUCUUCUUCCUCUUCAUCGGGGUGAUCCUCUUCUCCAGCGCUGUCUACUUUGCAGAGACUGACGACCCUGACUCACUGUUCACCAGCAUUCCUGAUGCUUUCUGGUGGGCUGUGGUGUCCAUGACCACUGUGGGCUAUGGGGACAUGUAUCCCAUGACCAUUGGCGGCAAGAUUGUGGGCUCCUUGUGUGCCAUCGCAGGUGUGCUCACCAUUGCCCUGCCUGUCCCCGUCAUCGUGUCCAACUUCAACUACUUCUACCACCGAGAGACUGACCACGAGGAGCAGUGCCAGUACACCCACGUCACCUGUGGCCAGCAGCAGUCACCCUUCUCUGAGCCCAAGAAGGGGGACAGUAAUCAGUCCCUCAGCAAAUCUGAAUUCCUGGAAGCAGAAGACCUGGAGUCCAUGAAAUAUUCCAAUUUCAUUCCUCCCAAUAACCAGGGAUAUAAAGAGAAGAAAAUGCUGACAGAGGUGUGAUGGGUUUUAUUGUCCUGAGUCCAGACACGGAGCUGCAAGCUGCUGUUACAGUUGUCUUCCUACAAGCAGCUGGAUCUAUUCAGCAUUUACAUGCCAGACUGUGAAUUGUGAUACCGUAAACAGAAUGAUUGUGAUAAUGGGCUCUUCUGGCCUGAUGUGCUGUUUCUCAUUGCUGUGUGCAGCCAGAAAUGUUCUUGCUUUAUUCUGUGGAGUGCUAGCUGUCAUCCCCACUCCCUUGUGCAUUUCUUUAUCUGCUCUCGAUGACUGCUUUAAUCCAACAUUUGCUCUGAAACCAAGCCUUGUAACUCCACUAGCAGAGAAGCCCUUGCCACUACUUCAACAGAAGCAUUCAGCAGAGCAAACAGUUAAAGGGGCUGCAAACAUCUGGCUGGAGCCGUGCCCUCAGUCCCUGUGCCAGCGGGUGCCCUUGGCUGUGGGAUCAGUCACGCCUGCCAUGCCAUUGCCUUUGAAUAAUGGAAACACUGCAGCCGGGAUCACAGGGAGCUCUGCAGCUGUAGGGGAAAGCCAGCAAGCAGAUGCCUGCCUUCUUUGCAACCCUUGGCAUGCUAAAAGAUCCUCCUGGUUUGUGUUACAAAAAAAAAGGAAAAAAAGGUGCAUAAAUCUAAAAGCUCUUUGCUACUUGCGACCAUACAUCAUAUAUCAAAAACAGGCUUAAAGCAGUCAACAGGCUUGGUGAAGAUUCUCUGUGUUUUGAGCUUAUCUCAGCCUUGUUUAUGCCAGUGCCCUGAUGUCAAUUGGCUUUUAUAGUACCAACUUAAUCUUCAUAGUGGUAAGUGCCUUCUGAUGCAAGGCGUGUUGGAGUGAAUUCAUUUGUUAUCUGCAGAGUUCAUCUUCACACAAUAGCGUUUAAUGAGAUGUGCUUUGUGCUUCAGACACCCAGCUCUGUAUUCUGGAGUGUGAGAGCAGUUGACUCUGCUGCUUUUUUUAAUUGAGCAUUUGUGUAGCCGAGGGAAGUUUGCAUGCUGGCGUUUUGUUGACAUGGCAGGAAAAUCCUGACCGCGGGGAGCUCUGCACCUGUGCUGUGCAAGGAUCGCGCUGGUUUAGCAAGUCACAGGCACAAAAUUCCCCAGGGCGAGCGUGUCAACAUUUGAAACUGAGACUGGCACGGAUACAAACUUCCCAAAGCUGUCUGCACAGAGCCAGCAGCGUCCUCCAGACCCUUUGAAUGAGGGGAGAAACAGCGAGCCCUGAAGAGAUGCUUUUGCUGUGUUGCUGGCCUAGCCAGUUCCUGGUAUUCCAUGGAGAAGAGGGACAGCAGUGUUUUUGCACUUUUGUGAGAGCAGUUUGUGCCAGCCAUGCAAAAUAUGCACAGCUUGGCCUGCAGUGCCGGGUUUGCCAAGGGACCAGAGAUACCUAUCUUCAAAUACAUGUUUUGCUUCCCAGAACACUUCAUUAGUUUCAGUCAGCUCUGCCUUACACCUAACUUGGAAAAUGUUUCAAGCUCUGCCAGCAGGUGAGAAAGGGAAAUGGAUGCUUUCAGGUUCCACUGGCAGAUUUUCCUGCAAGGAAAAGUCCUUCUUGUUUGAAUUCUAAGUGUUUAUUCUGCAUUCACACGUCUGCAUGUGUAUGGAAGCAAAGGCAGCCAUUAAUGCCUUGCAUCACACUGUAUGAAAUGCAUAUUGAAAUGUACUACGUAUUGCAUGGGACAUGUGUGAUACAUAAACCAGACAUAAUACCAAGGUGCAAAAAUACAGAGAAUAGAUUUUGUGUAUAUAUUGUGCUUUUCAAGCUGUAAGACUAAGAAUGCUGAAGUCAUAGCAUAGCAUCAUAGAAUGACCUGGGUUGGAAGGGACCUUAAGGAAUGACCUCUUUCCAAAGAGGGGCACUUUCCACUAGACCAGGUUGCUCAGAGCCCUGUCCUUUAAUAUAGUCAAAACUGGCUAUAGAACUGUUUGUGAGAUAGGAUCUGUUUGCAUCUUCAUUACUGUGCCUGUUUUCAAUUGUCUUGAGCUAUGGCUCCAUGCCUAGAGUGUUUUUCUUGUGGCCUCUCCAUCCUGGCCCUGCUCAUGUGGUAGAAGUUGUUUGUGCAAAUCAUAGCUACUCCAUUUCUUCUGAGUCCUGUUGCCUUCUGAAAUGUUUUUGGUGUGCAGGGAUCUCCCCUGGGGUCAGCACACAACCAUUAUAUUAAAACCUCUGCUCUCUCUCUUGCUGAAAUCAGUAGGAAAAUGCCACUUGUCUCAGUCUGGGAGACUGAGACGAGUUUGAUGUGGUGAGGGCUCAUAGCUCAGAGGGGUUUGCCUGAAUAAAGCCUAAUUUCUCUUUGCUUCAUGGGACUGAGGCAAAAAUUUGUGAAGGUCUGAGCCUUGGGGAACAUUCUGCAUCCCUUGGUGUGUGUAAUCAGCUGGUGGGUAAAUUGUCCUGGUGAAUAAGUGAAACUGAGGGGCACGGUGGUCGAUUUUGUAUAAAAGUUGUUCAGUUCUUAGUGUGUCUUAGUCUUGGUGGUAUUUGUAGCUGUGUUUCGGGGUCACCUUAAUGAUAUCUUUAUUGUGAUCCAAGAGAGGGACUGUUCUUCAAAUUUUUUUUGCUAUUUAAGAGGGACGUUUCGAGGCUGUUGCCCUCUUCCAGCAGAAUGCCCAUGUUUGGGGAUAUUUUAUGCCUGAGUCUAUCAGCUGAUAAAAGUUCCCCCAAAGUAAGAUAUAAAAAACUCAGGUUGAACACAAGUUCAGGAGGAGUCAUGAGACAUGCUGAGCCUACGUCAAAAAAAUUCCUGUGCUCGUUUCUCCCCCUGGGCCUGGCCCUGUUGGCCCUGCCUAGAACAGGUUGUUCUCCUGACCAGCACCACAGACAGCUGGGCAUGGAGACUCCAGCAAGAAAAAAAGAUUACUGGUAGCACAAUCUUACACAGAUCCUCUUUCAAAGAGGUGUCCUGCCUUUGGGUAGGAUCCAGCAGUGAGUUUCCAGGUGGAAUGCAGCAGUGAGUUCCUAGUGGGUAUUGGAAUCUCCCGCCCGCCGAUCGCACCCGAGGUGUGAAGGGAUUUUGUGGUGAGCAAGGCAGCUCUGUGCAGUUUUUGUGAGCCACAUUUAUAAUUUCUGAGAAGUGCAGAUGAAAAUGAGUAAAGCAGGAGUGGUGUUUGUUCCCUGGGUUUUCUGUGUUUGCUCUGAGAGAUACAGAACUCCAGAACACCAACAGAAGCAUGGAAACUGUAACCCUGGGACUCAUUUGGGGCAUGUAAAUCCUUCUCUAAGCACCUCCUGAAAAGCAGUGAAGUCCCAGAGUCAUCAGUAAUGCUGCAUGUUACAGAACUUGUGGAAUCUGACCUUUUUUAAGGAGCCUUCAGAUUUUUUUUUCACGUGACUGAAAUGACACAGUGUCGCCCAUUGAUUUUACCAGAGGUCUCGUGCCACCAAAUCACAGAGAUGCUUUCAAAAACCUUACCUCAAGUUCUCAGCCCUCAGCACUCCCCCCAGCUGCUCAAAAUGCAAAUCUUUCCUUCUGAAGGUAGAGCACAUCCCUGUGAAGCCAAGUAGGCACCUCCAGGGACCUGUUUCCAUAACAACCUCCCGGACUGUUUCUCUCCAUGCUGUGAUUGUGGCUACAAGCGAAAGCACUCUUUGGAUAUUUUGUGUUCAGGUAUCAGCACCUUAUCUUUACAGAUGUUUUCCUUGCCUACUAGAGCUGAUCCCAUCGCCUUAUAUUGUGUCCAACUUCAGGUGGGCAAUCUCCAGCUUUUGAAAGCAGGGAGUGCAAACCUGGAGAUGGGAAGAGAUUUUAUUUGUCCAUUCUUGCACACAGAGAGCUGGAGAGUGUGUGAAGGACAAUCUGAGCUGAGGGGCAGCUGGCCUGUGAAUGCAAAGUCAUCGGGGUGCUUGGUGGCAAGGCAUAUAAGCUGAAGCAUUACAUUAAAGACCCAGAAAUUCCUCUUGCAGCAAUCUCACUAGGAAAUAGUUUUGCAGUGGAAGAUACUAUUGCUCCUUCCUGAUCCCCUGGCUGGUUUGUGAUGGUUGGUUCCCCUGAUAGUUUUCCCACAGGAUGUUUUGCACCAAAGCAGGCAGGGCAGAAAUCAGCUCCUUGGAGGUGGGGAAGAAAGGAAGGAAAGGAAGAAUUUUACUGAGGAUGCCAUUUUUUAAUCCACACAAAGGACUGGAAGCAUGAAAGGUGUGAAGACCUGUUCUAUGGUGUUUUAUUGUUGGACUCCUGCUCCUGCUCUCACCUCCAAGAUGAAAUUCCUGUUCUGCUCCUUCUUGGAAAAUGUUGGAAUUUGGGGUUUUUGAGUAAUUUCCUGUUUGAGCCUUUUGAUCCAGCUUUCGUGGAUAAAAAUUCACUGCUACAGCAGCUGAAGGUGACUGGACUUGAUCUUCUCUCCUGGCUCCUCUCAUUCAGAGGUCUCUAUGGGAUAAAGAAGAGUGAGUGUAAAGAAAAUUCAGGGCAGCAAGUGACAGGGUAAGGACUGAAGUGUCUUCCACAUGGUGAUGGAAAGAACAGCAUCAACCCUAAAUGCAAAGGAACAAGCAGCUCCAGCAUCUGCUGCUAUUGCAGAAAUAGGUCCUGUUUCCAUCAGGGAAAGAUCUGCAGAUUACAGCAGGAGUCAAUCACAGCUUUCCCAAAAGAUCUCACCUGACUUGAGUCCAACGGGGCAGAGAGACAGAUUUUCUACAAUCUCAGAAUCAUCAAUACCUCAGAUUCCGACACAGAGGGAUAUUCCAGACCUUGUGGCUCAAUAUAUGAAGUGGGAGAAGAAGAAGGAAGAGAAAGUGGGAUAACCUGGCUGCCACAGGGGUCUGUCCUAAUGAAAGCUGGAUUCUGUAUGCUGCAAGGCUGUCAUGUCAGGAUGCUGCAAAAGAGUUUGUUGCAUCUUCUUCCUGAAAAGUUGGUGGAGUUUCUCUCUAUGCAGAGGGUACAACCUUUAUGGUCAGGACACUGUUUUCCUUGCUCUGUGGUCUUCUUGCUGCUGCUGCUUUUAAAGGGGUCAACACUCUUAGCUCCAGGAAACUGAAACUAAAUGUGAGCAGGGACUGGAGGAAGGAAGCAGGGAGAAUCCACUACAAGAUUCCAAAAACUAAAUAAAGCAGGAUUCAACUGCCAGCGGCUGAAUAGCAGCAAUUUAUGAGCUGUUCCUCAAAAGCCCCAGACAAGCACCAAGUCCUGUGAGAAGCUGGAGAUUGACAGAGGACACCUCCAGAAGAGUCUGCUGUUGAAAUUUCCUUUAAGCUUUUUUUUUUUUUUUUCAAGUGGAGCAUCCAGUCCUGGCAAAUGCAUAAGGUCAGCCCUUGGAAGAGCAAAACGCUGUCUCCAAGAAAACCAAAUGAGUGGCUUAAAUCUGUCCAUUUGUCUGCCUGUUUUUUGGCCUUGGGAUUACUGUGCUUUUCAAAGCUAUGCUUUCAUAACUUGGAUAAAAAGGUAAAUGUUUCAUAUAGCCCUGCAAGUAGUAAUCAUCCUUUUCAUGCAAAAAACCUGCUGCCUGAGGGAUGGGCCCAAACCAGAGGUGUUUCUCAUUUACCUACAAAGUGUCUGGCUUUAGCAUCUGUAGUCAGUUUUUGUGAACAUGUGAGUCCAUUGCCUGCUCUAACAGAGUUAGUGACUUACUUUCAGUGGUUGUAGAGAGUUUCACUGAAAUAGCACUGUUUGUAGUCCAUUGUGUGACUUAGGAGACACAAAAGCCAGAAAAUUCUGCAAUUGUAAUAUAACUGUACGUGGCGUUCCCAGAAAAUGCUCUGAAGUCUUCUCCCGUUGCACCAUGGUGAUAAAAACCACUGCUGCUUUUCAAGCUCCACGAGGCCAUGCUGUGCUGUGCUGAAAGGGAUAGAAAAGCCAAUUAGCUCUGAAAAGUGAAGGGCAGAGAGGAGUGCUCUGGCCUGGAAUUCCCUCCCUUUGGCAGCAGCAAAGGUCAGCUGUGCAGCCAAAUUUCAGUGACCACAUGUGGAUCCAGCUUGUGUGUGUUGCCAGCUAUCUGCACAGGGAGUGGGAGAGAGUGGGGAGGAAGAAUUGAUUCUGGAAGGGGAAAGCCUGAGUUAAAGGGAAAAGUGGAGUGAAAUGUGACAGCUGGGAUUUCCAGAAGGUAGUUUGAUGGAUGCUGGGCAUCCAGCUUCCCUAGAACUCUUUAUCAGUAAUACCCUCUAUAUCUCCCUGAGUGACUUUUAGCCUGUCUGGCAGUUUUCAGCAUCAGUGUGUGAGGGAAAAGAGGUGGAAGGCAGUUCUCUCUGAUUUGGCAGCUCUGGGACUUUGUGCUGCUGGCUGAGGGUCUGGAUUUCUCAGGAACUUCCUGGCUACCUGUGGCUCCCACAGGCUUGUAGGACUGGGCUUAGAGAAACCCUGAGCUGCCAGAUGUCUGCUUUUGGUGCAGCUCUUCUGAAUAGUCCUGGGUGUGGAUGUGAGCCUGCAGUCCUUGGGAGGCAAAAUUCACAAUCCCAAGGGACUUGCUCUAUCUGUCAGUGCAGGCCAGCUGUGGGAAUCCUCCAAGUCCCUUUAUCCUGAUCUGUGUGUCAAGCCCCUGUGGCUGACCCGAGCUGCCAUGGACCCUUCUUGCAAGGGCAAUUAUUUUCAGAGUCAGUGUAGGUGAUGGCUACCUUUGGAAAAGUGUGAAUACCCUGGGGAAAUCCAUGGGGCAGACACCUUGGGCCAUACUGUGUGCUGACACCAUCAGCAGGCAUGAUACAGAGGUGCUUUGCUUUUGGUGUGAAACCUUGCUCUGAUGCAUCAUUCCAAGGAAAACAGCUGGAAUUUGCAGAGCAGGUCAGAGAUGAGUAAUUCCAGCUCCCUUACUGGACCUGAUUUAUACAGCUCAGGUCCAAUAGUUCUGAGAAAUUGUUGAUGGUGGGAGCCUUUCUGUUUGUUUCUCUGAAAACUUGAAGCCUUUCAAAUAAAGAACAAAUGAGGUGUAGGGAAUUUUUAGCUGGGGUAUGUGCUUCAGGGUGUUUGCUGCAUUCAGGCUUCCAGAACACAAAUUCUCUGCAGACAAUCCCACACACAGUGGGAAAAAAGGAUAUUGGGCUUGGAAGUGUACCAGGGAGAUGGGACUCAAGUGAGCUUUGAACAGCAAUCAUUGUCAUUAGUGGUGGUGCUGUAAUAUGUGCUUGACUCAAAUCCAGCAUUGCACAGGCAAGAACCUGGUGAAACCUUGUAACUUGAUAUUUGUGGUUGUGAUCCGCUGUUGAAUAGGCUAGACAUGAAUAAAAUCAGUAUUUUUUAAA